AUGCUCUCCACGCCCUCCACAUCCUCGAGGCUCGCUCGGGCCCUCGUCCGCAGCUUGGCCAGGCCGUCAAUCGAGUCGGCACCGAUCAUUAGACUACAGCGUAGUCUCACCAACCAGGCGUCUCCUCUCCAAGAGACCAAUGCUGUCCGCGAGAUCCACAAGCUCAUGGCCGAGGUGAGGGGCGCUCACCCGCAAAAGCUCAAGCUCAGCAUGCCCACUCGCCUUGCUCCGCGCAGAAGCUGGAUGAAAGAGAUGCAGUCCCAAUCGCAACAGUCCUCCUUACCCGAUUCGUCAUCCACGCCUUCAGCACCCUCGCAGCACGAGCUUCCGGAAUCCAUGCUCAAGCCAAAGCGCAUGCAGGACAGCUACGUCGAGCUCUACUUGCCCUUCACCGAGGACCCAGAACUGCUCGAAAAGUACAUCGCAACCUCGGGCCUCAUCCGGCUCGGCAAGGUCCUCGAAGAUCUCGAUAGUCUGGCGGGCGGAAUCUCAUACCAGCAUGCCCUCGGUGGUCGACCGGGCGAAGUAUCCGCGCCGAUCUACAUUGUGACCGCCUCGGUGGAUCGACUCGACCUCCUGGCGCCGCUCACCGCCGAUGCCAACUACCGACUGAGCGGCCACGUGAUCUACGUCGGCUCGAGCAGCAUGGAGGUGUUCGUGAGCAUCGAGCAGCUCACACCGCCCACGCAGCCCAACAAGAUCUGCCUUACGGGUCGCUUCACCAUGGCGGCGCGCAACGCGCACACGCUCAGCAGCCAGCGCAUUGCCCCCCUCAUCCUCGAGACCGACGCCGAGAGGGCGCUGUUUGCCAUGGGCGAGAGCCACAAGAAUCGCAAGCGCGCCGAGGCCGCCUCGUCGCUCGAAAAGGUGCCGCCCAGCAAGGACGAGGCCUUCCUGCUGCAUAGCCAGUACAUCCGCGGUCUGCAUGCCGGCAUGUUUGCCAACACCGACGAACUGCACGGCCCCGCGCUCAAGGCGGAGCCCGUUACCAGUGCAGAUGGAUCGACGCUCGUACCCGUGCGUCGCACCAGCAUGAGCACCACCAUGCACAUGCAUCCGCAGCAACGCAAUGUCCACCAGAAGAUCUUUGGUGGAUUCCUCAUGCGCUCCGCCUACGAGCUCGCCUGGAUGGUCUCCGCAUCGCUGGUCAACCGCCACGUGCAGUUCCUCUCGCUGGAUGCACUCUCAUUCCACGCUCCCGUUCCCAUCGGUGCGAUGCUCCAGCUCUCGUCCCAGAUCGUAUACACUUCCGAACCAGAGCAACAUCCACACGGCCACACCAUCGCUGGAGUUACCGUGCUCGCCGAAGUCGUCGACCUCGAGACGGGUGAACGCAAAAAGAGCAACACC